AUGUCUGGCCGACGCGAUAGAGGAACGGCGGUCAUCACGCCGGUGGAGCGCGCCCGCCGCGCCGAGCGGGCUAAGGAGAAGAUCCGUGAGGAGGUGACAUUCACCCCCGCCCUUCUCGGUCGCGUCCAGUCACGCGUGGACGCGAACGCCUUCCGUCGCUGCAUCUCAGACAACACGAUCUACCAGUCCAUCUGCAACUCGCUCAAGGACCAGAACCUCCCCGAGCGCGAGCGGCGCCCCGACCUUGUCGACUUCCUGGCCCUUGAGGCCAUUCUUCCUGUUCAGUACAACGGACAGUACAACAAGGUGCUUAAGGAUCUCUUCGUCCGUUGCCACACGAUCUCCUGGGUCAAGGAGGCUAUCCUCAAGGCCAACCACGACUGGUUCCAGGACCAGCUGAAGGAGUCGAAGGACUUCAUCCGCACCAUGAUCAACAAGGUCGAUUCCCAGCUUCUGGAGAUCAUCCUCGAGGACAUUGAGACCAGCUUCUGGCGCGAGAACAUCAAGGACCACGUUCUCUACAAGAAGGUCUACCACAAGCUUCUGUCCGACACCGCCCUCACCCAGCGCGACGUCCUCACUGUUGUCGCCAUCAACGGAGGCAGAUAUCCCACCGAGAUCUUCCGUCACCUCGUCAUCAAGCAGAACUCGGACAUGCUCAACUUCGGCAACAACAUGCACGCCCGUCACGAUCUCUAUGAGGACGAGGAAUACCGUGGCUCGGCCCCGGCCUAUAUUCCUCAGGCCCCUACCGCCACCGCGAUCCCUACCGCCGCCCCUACCAGCUCUGCUGCCAGUGCCACCGAUAGCAUCUCUGACCUUGAGGCCAUUGCCGAGGCGAUGGGAGACAAGAACAAGAGCCGCGAGAUGCGCAAGAAGAUCCAGGAGAUGAAGGAGCUCAUGGGCGGUGGCAGCCUCCGAACCGUCCGUGGGGGCCGCGUCCAGAAGCCUCAGAAGAGCACUCAAGGGCGACAGGUCAUGCAGUCAAUCGAGGAGGACGACGACGAGGAGGACGGCGACGAUCCUGUGGUCACCAAGAAGGAGCAGGUCAGCCCCGGCACCAAGGCGCCUGCCCGUGCUAAGGGUGGUCGCAAGACUGGCUAA